AUGGAUGUUUGCGAAGCUGCUGACGCAUCUUACUGUAUUUUGGAAGAAGCUUCCCAAGAUAACUUAGAAAUCUGUGAAAGCACUAGUGAUGUAAAUACUCGAAAUACAGAAGGCAAACUAAGUGAUGGUGCAGAAAAACCUUGUGCAGUAUGGACAUUAAAUGCUACCACAACUCUUUUAAAAUUAUAUGAAAGUAAAUUAGAAAUGUUAGAAACACCGAAGAAGAAAACUAGGAUCUGGAUUGCUAUAUCUCAAAGUUUAAGUGAAUAUGGAAUUGAGAUGACACCAGAUCAAGUUAGAUGGAAAAUAAAUGCCCUUACCAAGAAGUAUAAACAGUGUGUAGAUAGCGGACACCAUGAUAAAUUCAAAUAUUUUAAAAUCAUGAAUGACAUUUAUUCACAGUAUCAUGUUGACUGUGAUUCCUACGCAUUAACUGAACUUUUACAUAAAAAGAAAGAUAAUAGAGUAAACGGAAGUGAUCCAAAUUCAAAGAUGAAUCAAGAAAGCAAAGCUGUUAUUGAGAUGAGAAAAAUAAGACUGGCCAACAGAAUAGAGAGUGAUAGAUUCCAGGGAAAAAUUCAAUUGGAAAAACAAUGGCUCGAAUACUUGCAGAGACAAGAAGAACAAAAGCAAUGGCGAGAUGAAAUCUAUGACAGAAAUUUGAAACUGCGAGAAGAAGAAUUAGAGCUAAGACGAAGAGAGUUAGAAAUAAAAGAAACACUAGAAUUGAAGAAGAUAGAGUUAAAAGAAAAAGAAUACAGAGAAACACUACAGAUUGAAAGAGAAAAAUGUGAAUUGUUAAAGGAAAUAUUUAGUAAAAGAUAUUAG